AUGCCGGACUUUGCUGAUAAGACAUUUGAUGCUGCUAAUACUGUUUAUCAAUCUACCUAUUCCACUUUUGUAUUCCUAUUUGAUCAUGUGAAGGAAAAUACUCAGACGGUAAUGGACUUCACGGUUGAUAAUGCACACAAACUUCAAGACAGGUCUAAGGAGAUGUGGAAUAAUACGGUAUCCGAUAGUCCCCAAUAUUCAUCUGAGUCAUCCUUACGUUCUAAACUUAUAUCUAAAGUGUCGAAUAACAUUAAUACCAUCGGACUAUAUGGAGGUGCACCAUUAUCACUAUUUAUAGGUUAUGAGUUGUACAGAGCUAUAUAUCCCUACAGAAGGAGAGCGCAAAAAUUGCCUACUGGCAGAAGGUUUGAGGUGAUUCUUGUUGUUGGUCAUCCCGAAUCCAAUUUUGUCAAGAAACUAAUCCAUGAUUUGAAUGCUAGAGGCUACAUCGUGUUUGUUGUCGUGAGUGACGAAAGACAACUACGCAUCGUGGAAGAAGAAAAGGAUGACGAUAUUAAACCACUUAUAGUCGAUUAUGAAAGCUCCUCUACCGUGAAAGCUAGUCUUUUGAAGCUUGCCAAGUACUUGGAUACACCAAUUGAUAACACCUACUAUCAUCUUAGAGGAUGCAUUUUCAUACCAGACUAUUUUAGGAUGCCCAAGAUAUCCCGGAUGGAUCAGCUUUCUGGAAGAGAAUUCAAACGAGUGAUGGAUGAGCAGAUAUUCAGCUUGAAUAUGCUUCUCUCCAACGGACUAAACGUUUUCCUCAGGGAAAGUAACAACAGAAGGAAGUCUGUACAGGAGUGUAACAACGUGAAGAUAGGGGGAGGGUAUUCCAAGCUUAUUUUUGUGAACUUCGUUAUGUAUGCUAAAAAUGAGACAAGAACACUACUUUUAAGGCUUGCUUGUUCUCUGAAUCAAACAUUUUUUGAUGAAUUGCAUAGAGAAUUAGCACCAGGGUUAAUUGAAUCUUUCUCCAGAUCCAUCUUCGGAAUUGAUCGUGAUUCUUCCAAAAUUGACAUUUCAAUGAUCUCCAUAAAGUAUGAAAAGGAUACAGAAUCACAUCUCAUUGGUGAUUCUCUUAUUGACAAUUUCAAGGGCUCUACGAAGAAUAAAAGGCUCAGCUCCAAAGACGUGCACUAUAAAAUAUACGAUCUUUUAAACAGCAACUGGCUCAAAAGAGAUUACCAUAUUCACAACUAA